AUGAGCUCUAGUCAAAAUACCGGUAAGGGAGGGGACGAGAUGUUCCUCAACUCUCCCUCUGGCCAUGAACACCCGGUUGUCUCGCCUCUUCGAGUUGCAAAACGAGGCACUCCGUCACCUGCCCCCAGCAGCUCAUCAAAUCCCCAAGCAGACCGUCAGGUCUCAUCCCAGCCAUCGGUGUCCUCGUUGCCUUAUCCUGAUGACCGAAGGACGCAAGAUCAGCAAUGGAAUCAGAAUAAUGGCCCUCAGCCGAGUGAAUCAAGACAGCCCGGUCAAACCUGUUACUCGCCUGUCUCGCUCUCUUCACCAGCGUCCAGCAAUGCAGAUAUUCCUGCAGCUUUAAAACCGCAGGACAGGCGCGAUCCCAAGCAGGCCCAGUCCAGCCUUGCGGAGAGAAGAGGUGCGGCUGGGCCAAAACAACUGGAGUCACCUACAGCUGAGAGCCCCGAUAAGGAAGGCCUCUUUCAGCGUCUUCCACAAAGGGCCGCUCCUCAACAGCCCAGUGCUUCUACUCAAAAUAAUAACCCCUCGGUUGUUGUGAAUCCAUACCCUGAAUACCACCAGCAGUAUUGGCCGCCUCCUACACAGCCGGGCCAAUCGUCUAGCAAUCUUCAGGCGCCAACUAGCUCCAUAAACCGAAUCGAUUCCACCGCUUCUACAUCUACAACCAAAGCCCAGCGUGGCUCUCCUCCGCCACCAGAAACCCCGAUAGUUGGACCUGGACAACAGCCGAGUUCGGAUAUUGAGGCACGUUAUGCCGCUUCUGGAAUCGCUGGUGCGGCAACACUCAGCAGCAUUCAUGCACACAAUCAUGCGGCGCAGCAAAGAGCGCAACAAUACAGCGGCCUUCCAGGAAGAAGCAACCCGCCAGCUAUACAGCACGCUGCAGUUGCACCACCGCGUCCAUGGACUCCGACUGAACAGCCGGGGACUGAACCCCACGGUCCUCCAAGAAUCUAUCAAGGUGACUCGGACGUCACUCCUGCCCCAGUUACUGAAGCGCCCACCAGCCAACUCCCCAGGCCACCACAACCCAUCACUACCGCUCCCACGGCUCCCACUACUACUGCCACCGCUAAUAAUAAUCACAACCUUAAUAAUAAUAAUCCACAAGGCCAACUAGAAGAUGAUUUCCAAAGACUGAAUAUGACUGCCUCCCCACCUCCAGCAUAUUCAAGCGUAAUGGGCGGACAGAAUAUAGGAUACCCUCAAGAAAAGUAUGGUGGGCCUACCACUCAAUACCCACCUAUAGCUGGGUCAGUGGCUGUCACCGGCCCUCCGUCAGUAGCUGGUUCUCAGCCAUCAAUACAGAGCCAUCCCGCGUUUGCAAACGACUCCCGUCAAGGCCAUACCGGAACUCCAAGCCAGCAUAGUUUCCCAAGCGGACCAUCCGCAUUUCCAUCAUCAUCGAAGCAAAGCGAGCCUUCUUCGGCACAUCCCGGGCCUGGGCCAGCUUCUCCGCCCCCUCUUCCAGAAGGCUGGAUAGCCCACUUGGACCCUAACUCUGGUCAAUACUACUACAUUCAUUUGCCCACACAAUCUACCCAGUGGGAAUUCCCCAAGGGUCCCACGCCGCUUAAUCUUAAUGAGACUCCUAUGUCUCCUGGCCACAGUACAUUUGGUGGACAUGGGCUAACAUCUCCUGGACUCUCCUUUGCAAAACCCUUAGCAUCUCCGGCUUUGUCUGCAUUUGGACAACCCUUAGCUUCCCCCGCGCUGUCUGCCUUUGGCCAGCCUAUGCCUUCUCCAGGUUUACCAAUGACUCCCGGAUAUGAUGGCAGUGCUAUGGGAAUGAACAGUGGCUUCGUGGGACCGCCUCCGGCAAGUGGUGUGGAAAUGUAUAAAGUUGCUCCUACGAACGGUGUAUAUUUCGGUCCGUAUUUGCGGUAUACCAACAUGGACAUGGAACGGGGCCUUUGGCUAGGCUCAAUUUUGCUUGUGACCGACGCAUCCCAGCCCCCAACGAUCCAUAUACACAAGAGCACUGAUUUGUCACCAAAUCCAAGACAGCUUCAGCCAGCACGCAUUGCCAGCCAUCAGCGAUGGAUAUUCUAUAAAUAUAGCAUUGACCUACAAAUGGAUGAUCACACCUCUCAUAAGUGGACGUACGCUAUUACCUCCCACCUUGGCUGCACGCGUUACGAAUUCUUAGUCGCUGGGCGACACGAGACAGCAUGGAGGGUUGUGGCGACUUCAGGUAAUGACUUUGCUUUGAAUAUAAAUGCGAAUGAAAGAUCUCGUUUGGGUGGAGUGGGUUACAUGUGGAAAGAUAUCAUGCAAAAACACGUUGAAUGCGGCGGAUUCCACGCCCAGCUAUGCCUUGGAGGGCAAAUCAACGCUGAUCGGCUAUGGAGAGAGGUCCCAUCUCUCAAACAAUGGCUAGCCAUCAGCGGCAAGGAGGCGAGGAAAACAGCGCCAUGGACAGCUGCACUAGAAGAGGAUGUAACACACGCCUACUUCCACUAUUAUACCAGCCAUUUUGACCAACCGCAUUUGAGGGAGGCUUUUGCUCAGUUACCUCAUGUUUCCCAAGUCGAUGACCACGACAUUUUUGAUGGUUUUGGCUCAUACCCCGACCAUAUGCAGUUUUCUAACAUGUUUAAAAAUAUCGGUCGACUUGGUAUUGAAAUGUACCUCCUUUUCCAGCACCAUACAACCCUAGAGGUUUUGCGACACGUCGUCGAUGACUCCGAUCUGUUUACUAUCACUGGAACGGGCUGGCAUUUUAUUAAGUAUCUUGGUCCCGCUAUUGCAGUUGUAGGUCCCGAUUGCCGGUCAGAACGGAACCCUCACCAAGUACUCGCUGGCCCAACAUACCAAGGCAUCUUCCCCAAAGUUGCUACACUCCCUCCCAGUGUCCAGCAUUGCAUCUGGAUGGUUUCCGUACCCCUGAUUUACCCACGCCUGGAGUCGGCAGAGCAUUUCGUCCAGACCGUCGCUACCGGCAAAAAGGCCGUCACUGGGGCUUACAACAUGCUUGGAAGGGUCACGAGCUCUGUUGCCGGUGUUGUCGGUGCUAAAAACGCUGUAGGGUCAGGAUUUGAUUCUGUCAAACGGGCAGUGGGAAAAUCCGGUCUGAUGGGCAGCGUAUUGAGUCCAUUUGGUGAAAUUGAUAUCUUCGAUGAACUGAAAGACCAAUGGACCCAUGAAUCGAAGGAUCUUGAGAGAACAUAUCUCAUCCGCACUCUUCAGGGAAUUGCACACCAGCGAAACAUCAGAAUGACAUUCCUCUCUGGUGCAGUAAACUGCUGCGGAGCCGGACUCGUUCAUGACCCGUCACACCCCACGGAUCACAAAACAAUGUAUCAAAUCAUUUCUUCCGCAGUAGUGAAUGCUCCUCCCCCGUCAUACAUCCUCAAACUUCUCCACGGAAAUAACAAACCCCUCUAUAUACCCACAAACGGUCAGCGAUCCGUCGUCGCUCAAGUUUCGGAUACAAAGGAGGACAUGAUGGAGCUUUUCCAGACCGAUGUCUCUGGCCAACCAAGAGAACAUCGCAAGCUUAUGGGCAGAAGAAAUUACGUUGCAAUUGUUGGAUACGAUCCAGACGCUGUUCAAGCCGCAUACAGCGGUUUGCAGUCCCCUAUGUACCCACCCAACAGCUCUGCCGCUGGCUCGUUCCCGAAAUUGAGCCUUGCUGUGGACUUUUUGGUGCAGGGCGAAGGAUCAUUCGGCAAUGUGGUCAAGUUUGGACCUGUUAUCGUUCCUAGCUUAGAACUAGGCAGGUAA